UUUCAUCCAAAAUCAAUUAAGUAACAUAUUGCAGCGUACGUGUUUGUGAAAAAUCCAAAGAUGGCAAAGUCAAGUGAAGAGAAACACGAAGUGUUCAUAUGCUUUAGAGGUGAGGACACACGCAACACCUUCACCAGCCAUCUGAAUGCUGCACUAAGAAGGCUAGAGAUAAGAACCUACAUAGAUCACGACCUCAGAAGAGGAGAAGAGAUUCCUGAGAGGCUUCUUAGAGCAAUCAAGGAUGCUAAGCUUUCCGUCAUUGUUUUCUCGGAAAACUUUGCGGCUUCAAAAUGGUGCUUGGAUGAGGUUGUCAACAUAUUGGAGUGCAAGAAGAGGAGUAACCAAAUUGUUGUGCCUGUUUUCUAUCGUGUAGAUCCGGCCGUGGUGAGGAACCAGAUCGGGAGUUAUGGUGACGCAUUUGGCAAGCAUGAACAACGGUUUGAAGGUGAGAUGAAUAAGGUCAGAAAGUGGAGGGAGGCUUUGACUGAAGCUGCUAAUCACUCUGGUUGGGGAUGCUCACUCAACAAGGUGGAAUAUGAAAUAGUUGAGGGAAUCGCGAAGGAUGUGAUGGAGAAGCUGAAUCAUGUGUAUGUUGGUGACCUGGAUGAACAAAUAAGAAAAUUUGAGCAACUUGCAGAGCUUCAAGAACAAUAUUACAAUGCUAUAACAAAUGUGGAAAAUUUACAAAUCUACCAGUCAACGCUUGAACGCAUCACCCAACUUAAAAUGGAGAGAAGCAUUCGUCUCCUUCGUUUGACUCCUGACAUGCUUCCAUAUGUUGGAAAUUUCGGAUCCCGCUAAUUAUACCACUCAUAAUUAUUCCUCCUUGUGUUUUUAAUUUGUUUUAUGUUUAUUAGUUUUCGUGUUUAUUCUUUUCUGGUUGAAAUAAAAUGAAAUGCUUUCUUUUUA